AUGGGCACCCGGCAGACCAAGGGCAGCCUGGCGGAGAGAGCCAGCCCCGGCGCGGCGCCCGUCCCCCGCCGCGAGCGGCCCGACUUCUGGGCGUCGCUGCUGCUGCGCGCCGGGGACAAGGCGGGGCGCGCGGGCGCCGGCGCGGGGCUGCCCCCGUAUCACCGGCGCGUCGGCAUGGUCCAGGAGCUGCUGCGGAUGGUGCGCCAGGGCCGGCGGGAGGAGGCGGGGACGCUGCUGCAGCACCUGCGCCAGGACCUGGGCAUGGAGUCAACCUCUCUGGACGACGUUCUGUACCGCUACGCCAGCUUCCGGAACCUGGUGGACCCCAUCACACACGACCUCAUCAUCAGCCUGGCCCGUUACAUCCACUGCCCCAAGCCGGAAGGCGACGCGCUGGGCGCCACCGAGAAGCUGUGCAGGCAGCUGACUUACCACCUCAGCCCCCACUCGCAGUGGAGGCGGCACCGGGGGCUGGUGAAGAGGAAGCCACAGGCCUGCCUCAAGGCUGUCCUGGCUGGGAGCCCUCCGGACAACACGGUGGACCUGUCGGGCAUCCCGCUGACCUCGCGGGACCUGGAGCGGGUGACCAGCUACCUGCAGCGCUGCGGGGAACAGGUGGACAGCGUGGAGCUGGGCUUCACCGGCCUCACGGACGACAUGGUCCGGCAGCUGCUGCCGGCGCUCAGCGCCCUGCCCCGCCUCGCCACGCUGGCACUCAACGGCAACCGGCUGACGCGGGCCCUGCUGCGUGACCUCACCGACACCCUCAAGGACCCCAGCAAGUUCCCCAACGUCACGUGGAUCGACCUGGGCAACAACGUGGACAUCUUCUCGUUGCCCCAGCCCUUCCUGCUCAGCUUGCGCAAGCGAUCCCCGAAGCAGGGCCACCUACCCACCAUCCUGGAGCUGGGCGAGGGCCCGGGCAGUGGGGAGGAGGCCCGGGAUGGGCCAGUGGGCCAGGAGGACCCUGGAGGCGGCCCUCAGGAUCCUGCUGAAGACCAUGAGGGCAGGGAGAACAUAGGCAGAGUUCAGACAUGACACAGACGUAGGGGGGCCUCCCCAGGGAGUCCUAGUGGAGUAAGAUGACUGAGGCAGGCUAGGGGGCCCCACUAGGGGCCUCAGGCUGUCCCCCAAAAUUGGCCAGGGCAGCCCCAGCCACGGGAGCCAGACUGUAGCAUCUGAAAGGGGGUUGUGUAACACUUCUCUUCGGUCUCCACUGCCCCCUUGCUAAUCUCCUCUGCUCCUGAGAAAUCCUCCUUGGCUCGAGAGACAGAUUUGUGGGAGCAGUCUGUUUGGAGAUGCGGAAAGCUUGACCUAAUGUUAAGAACUCCCCCCCAGGAACGGAGUGCAGCUCUGGCCCUACAUCUAACUUCCUAUUUCCUGAUAGAGAAUUUUUUUCCUAUUCUGGGAAGCAAACUCCAGCCAGAUGCUACCCUGAUAGCCCAGAGGUGUGCCCCCGCUCAAGGCAUCUUUACCCUCAUACCUGGCUGAAGGUGGGGGGUUGGGGCACUGGCUGCCCAGAGACUCCAAGAGCCUAGUCUCCAUCCUGACUCCAGUAGGUUCUACCUCCUCCCUGUAAAGCCCUGGGGGCUCUGAGGAACCACUCCCAGUCUCCGCCUCCAUUUCUGAAGCCCGCACCUCCACCUGGGAUUCCAGGGCCCCACCCCAGGCCCAGCUACCCCAUACCCUUCCAGAGCAUCCCAGAAGGCCUACAAAUACCGGCAUGCAUAAAAAGGCCCACCCAGAAACCCUACACCAUAACCCCUGCCCCAAGCCAAAGUCUACCAGCCCUUCACUAGGGUUCAGUGUUGCAAGUGUGCAAGCCAGAGUACUGCCCCUUUAAAAGGAUCUUAAGGGUCUUUCUCAGAAUUUCUCAAAGUCCCCAAAGUAAUUCGUGAUAUGGAGCACACUCCCAAAACCUCCUAUGGAGGGCUCCUUAAAAAAACCCAAGACCAUGAGAUUAAACUUCAAACUCUUGGCAGAUCUACGGCCUCCCAAAAGUAGAGGUUCCCAAGGAGAGGAAGCAAAGGUUUUUUUCACCCUCUCUUCUUACUCAAGGCCUACAAGCCUUCUAGGCACAAUAAGCCUAGACCCAAGGCAUAGACUUCAAGUCCAGGGAGAUUGGAAAACAGCCCUUUUAAGCUGAAAAAAAGCCCAUAGAUGGUGACCAGACUGCUCAGGCAAAUGGCAGACAGCUGGGAAGCACGGCCUGACAGGCCUCCAGCCUCGUUGACAGGCAAGAUCCCAACUCAGGAAGGCAGCAAGAUGGGGGCUAGGUCAAGAACCAGACUAUGGCACCUUGCCUGCCACUGCUCAAUGGUUGGACUAAGCAUAGUUUCAGGAGGUGGAGGCUAUGCAAAAGGACGUGGCCCAAGGGCAACAGACUGGAAUCAAAGGUGUGGAUGCCUUAAAUGCUUUGGAACUUUCACCCUUAAAGUCUGAAGUUGUUACAGGAGAACAGCUUAGGCCGGACCA